UCGUCCUCCAGAGACCUGAGACACAUCAUGGCUAAGGAGAAAGUUCACAUCAACAUCGUGGUCAUCGGCCAUGUGGAUUCUGGGAAAUCAACCUCGACAGGUCACCUGAUCUACAAAUGUGGCGGCAUCGACAAGAGGACCAUCGAGAAGUUUGAGAAGGAGGCGCAGGAGAUGGGGAAGGGCUCCUUUAAGUACGCCUGGGUGAUGGACAAGCUGAAGUCGGAGCGGGAGCGCGGCAUCACCAUCGACAUCGCGCUCUGGAAGUUUGAGACCGAAAAAUAUUACGUCACUGUCAUCGAUGCGCCGGGACACCGUGACUUCAUCAAGAACAUGAUAACUGGAACCUCCCAGGCUGACUGUGCUGUGCUGAUUGUGGCGGCGGGGAAGGGAGAGUUCGAGGCAGGAAUCUCUAAAGAAGGUCAGACGCGUGAACACGCUCUGCUAGCGUACACGCUGGGCGUCAAACAGAUGAUUGUUGGCGUAAACAAGAUGGACUCCGCCCAAUUUUCCGAGUCUCGCUUCAAUGAAGUGGUGAAGGAGGUCUCAGCCUACCUAAAGAAGGUCGGAUACAACCCAAAGGCCGUGGCGUUCGUCCCCAUCAGUGGCUUCCAUGGAGACAACAUGCUGGAACCCUCAGAGAACAUGCCAUGGUAUAAAGGAUGGAGUAUCAGCAGGAAAGAAGGAGAUGCCUCUGGAAAGACUCUCUUUCAAGCACUGGACUCCAUCCUCCCUCCUGAACGACCCACCAAGAAGCCUCUGAGGCUCCCCCUGCAGGACGUCUACAAGAUUGGAGGUAUCGGGACGGUGCCUGUGGGUCGAGUGGAGACUGGGAUCCUGAAGCCCGGCAUGGUGGUGACGUUUGCACCACCAAAUCUGACCACAGAGGUGAAGUCAGUGGAGAUGCACCACGAGGCACUGACAGAGGCUCUGCCCGGGGACAACGUUGGCUUCAACGUCAAAAACCUGUCCAUCAGAGACAUCAAGCGAGGGAACGUAGUCGGAGACAGUAAAAAUGACCCACCGCGAGCAGCUUCCUCCUUCAAAGCUCAGGUGAUCAUGAUGAACCACCCUGGGGAGAUCCACGCAGGUUACGCUCCAGUGGUCGACUGCCACACUGCCCACAUCGCCUGUAAGUUUGCAGAGCUGUUGGAGAAAAUGGACCGGCGCAGUGGAAAGACGUUAGAGGAAAACCCCAAAAUGCUAAAAAGUGGAGACGCUGCCAUGGUCCUGAUGGUUCCAUCCAAACCGAUGGUGGUGGAGACAUUCAGCGUUUACGCCCCGCUGGGUCGUUUUGCGAUUCGUGACAUGAAGCAGACGGUGGCGGUGGGUGUGAUUAAGGAAGUGAGCAAGGAGGAGCCCACCACAAAGGCCACCAAGUCAGCAUCAAAGAAGUGA